AGACUUAAGAGUUGUCAAAAAAUUUACAUUACUACAUUGAUACAUAUUUGUAAUUUGUAUUGUAAAGAAGUAUUGUUUCAAGUCCUUGAAGUAAAAAAAACAUAAUUCAUAGUUAGUUCUGAAUUAUGUACAUAUGAAUAUUAAGAACAUUAUUGAAGUUUACAAAUUCCAAACAAAACACACAAUGUCAUCCUUUCACGAAAGGCAAAAGAAUUUGUUUAACACUCUGAAAAAUGCUGAAGAACAGUGUGGUUACACUGUAAAAAGUAAUGCAGAUGAAACAAACUUUAAUGAGAUUGAUAGACGUACCUAUCAAAAAUUAAAGCAUGAGAUGAAACAGUUCCGGAGAAAAGAAAGUAUAUUCAAAAGGCAAGAAGCGAGCCUUCGUCAAUGUUUACGGUCUAAAACACAACCGGAUUAUAUUAAGAAUCCACAAAAAUGGGUUUAUUACACACUGUCAGAUGUAACCCCAGAUCAAAUGUCUGACAAAACAAACACAGAAACAGCUCUCGCAUUUAUUCGUGAAAUGGAAGAUCGCGAAGAAAAUAAAAAUAUGGAAGUUAGAGAUGACACUGGGGCUGUAUUUAAAAAGCCUGUUUUUAAUAUAUCAAAAACCAUUAAACUUAAUUCAGAGGAAAAACAACAACCUGUAUUUAAGAGUAAUAAAAUAAUCAUGCCAGAGUACGUAGUUGGAGUGUCAGGCAAGAAGCCAAACAAGAAACCGGUAAUCAAAAAUCAAACAAAUACAGAAGAAAAAAAAGUGGAAUUGAAACUCAAUCAUCUUUAUAAAGACAAUGAUGAUGAUGAUGGUGAAGAUUUUACAUAGAAUAUAUGUAUUUCUUAAUCCUUAGUUGUAACAUGAGUUGUAUUUAAUAUAAUAUACAUAGAAUUUUUUAUAUAUCAAUUCACAAAUAAAAUGUCAAUAGUAAUUGUAAAGGAGAAGUAAUUGGUUCUCUCAUUACAGUUGGUUGCGAGUUAUUUUUGUUACCUAAUUGUUUUAAACAUAUUUACUAAAAAUUUUUACUGGAACCAAAUAUGGAUCCUGUAUUUAUGACACUUUGUAUUGAAUACUGCUUUAUUGUUUAUUAGCUACAAUUUUGAUGAAAAUUAUUGAGAUCAAAUAAUCGUGAAUAUUAUUAUAUCUAUGAUAUCAAAAAAUACUGGAUAUCACAUCCAACACAUACAUGAAUAUAAGAAUAGUGUAAAAAAUUUUAGCAGUCGGUGACAAUUGUGUUGUUUUUAUAACUACCAAUGUAAUCUCAAAUAAAAUAUUGAAAAUGUUGCCAGAAAACAAAACUGGUUCAUAGAUAUUCACUUUUUUAAACUUUUAAUGAUAAUUUAGAUAUCUAAAAUACUACAAACACAUCAGACAGUGAUGUUAUCACAUUUUUAACCUUAUGUUCUGAUCCUAAAACAAAAAAAAAACAAACAGUGUGUAAAAACAGUUUAUUGCUUUAUUCUCUUGUUGGUAAGACCACAAUAUUAUCAGACUUCACAUCGGAGUUUUCAGUUACUUCUGGGGUGUCUGCAGCAAAAGCACUAAGAUCCCUCAUCAUUGAGUAGGCGUCUUCCCCAUCAGCAUAAUAUUUAGGCUCAAUUUCUAAGAUUUUAAAACCAAGGGAAUUUGUGUACAGAUUAAGAGCAGCUCUGUUGCUUUUCCUUACAUGCAAUGACACAUACUUGGCCUGUAAAAAACAAUACAAUUUUUAAAAAAUACAAGUAGAACCUAACAUACACAUGUUUAUUAAUCACAUACUUGGAAACACUCCACCAUAGCCAAAGAGGCUUGAUUCAUUAGUUUUUGUGCCAAGCCUAGCCUUCUAUGGGACCUCUUAACAGCCAAGGAUGUUAUGUGCCCAUGGCGAUUAUCUUCACCAUCUUCUUCCAUUUUUGCCAAUACAUAGCCUAUGGAACAUGGAUAUUUACGUGUAUGCUUCAAUAUUAAAUAACAAAAAACCUGCUAAAAGAGCAUGAGUAACUCACCAACAAUAUGUCCCUUCUCAUCUUCGGCAACAUAGCUAAGCUGAGGCCAGGACAAUCCAUGGUAGAAGUAAUAUUUCAUUUGAUAGUUUUCUGGCAGACACAACAAGUUGCAGUGCUGCAUGUUCAUAAGAUCGCUUGGACGAGCGCAACGUAUAUUCAUUUUGUAUAGGCUUGAAUUUAUAAAAUACUAAUAAAGAUUAUUAUUCACGUCUAGAUUUUCUGGCUUUAGGUUGUCGUGUUUCUGAUGCUGGAGGGGUAUCCGACAUCCCCCCAAUAAGCUCACGAACAAAGCGAAAUUUAGACAGACAACACUUCCAUACAAUAUACCAGC